AUGGUUAGGGAGACAAUUGAGAGAAUGCCUACAGAUUCGUUAAGUAUUAAGGGUAUUAGUUUUAUGAUAUUGUUCUGGAUUGGACAUUGCGUACCUAUUUGGUAUUGGGAAUUUGGGGCACCCUGGAUCAUUUGGGGUGUAUUGAAGGAUUUGGAGGAAUUGAGCGUGGUUUGUGGUUUCUUGAACGGAAAUGGUAGAAUGCAAGGUAUGAAGUUCCUAGUACAGGAUGAAAUCAAGAUUGUUGGGAUGAUUUGA